AUGAUGAUGACAGAGGAGAAUUUCGAAGAUCUAGGAUACAACAAAGAAAAUAUAUUCGACGAAACAGAUGAAGAGCCACUACGAGAAUACAUGGAUAUGGAGACAGACUCAGAAGAAAGAUUAAGCGAAGGAACAGUGGAGGUGAUGGAACAAGGACCAAUCGCCGAAACUCAGAUUGACAGCGAAUUCUAUGGACUCAUAGCGAUGCGACCGGAACGGAGAAAGAACCUGGACCCAACCAUACAUGAAGCAAUGAGUGGAAAGGACAGAAAGCACUGGGAGGAGGCCAUGCGAAAGGAGCUGGAUGGAUUGGAGGCGAUGGGCACAUGGGAGAUAGUCGACCUCCCAAAGGGUGCAAAUACCGUCGACACACGUUGGGUACUCAAGAUCAAAACCGAUGCAAACCUUGUGCCGACAAAGUUCAAAGCCUGGCUCGUGGCACGAGGUUUCACUCAACGCGAGGGCAUCGACUAUACAGAGGUCUUCGCACCACAAGCGUACCUGAACUCCACUAUACACCAUGAUGUAUACCUCAAGCCCCCAGUAGGAAUCGAAAUACCACCCAGAAAAGUGUUGAAGGUAGUGAAAGGACUGUACAGUCUGAAACAAUCGGGCCGAGAAUGGAACAUUGAGUUAGACUCACAUCUCCAGACGAUCGGAUUCCAUUGCAUGCCGAGCGCACCAUGCCUAUACUCAAGAGGGACAGGCGACAAGAUCACGAUCAUCACAGCAUACGUGGACGACAUGCUAAUAACAUCACCCAGUCAUGAUGAAGUAGACCAUGCAAAGCGAGAGAUCAUGGACAAAUGGGAGACACAAGACAAUGGAAGGGUCAAAGAAUUUCUGGGUAUCAAGAUCACACAUGAUAGAAGAUGGAGGAGGAUAUCUCUGGGUCUAACGGCAUACAUCAAGGAAAUGGUGAACAAAUGGUUAGGAGGAGCAAACGAGAAAUCUUGGGUACCCAUGCUGAGUGUAGCGAACGUUGCUGGAGGCGAGCGAUAUAUUGCCUUUGCUGUCGGCGUAUUGGUGCGAUAUAUGUCGAUCCCAAUCGACAGUGCAUGGAAGGCAGCCAUCCAUGUGGUAAAGUACCUGAACCAAACGAAUGAAUAUCAGUUGCACCUAGGAGGGGAGACAAACGAGCACUCGGAUACACUGGUAACGACGUAUACCGACGCAAACUGGGCAUCCGACCCCACAAAUGGACGAAGAAGCACCUCGGGGUCGAUAACAUAUGUAUAUGGGUGUCCAGUGAGUUGGAAAUCACAUGUUCAGAAGUGUGUGGCAUUGUCGGCAGUCGAAGCAGAGUUUGUCGCCGCUUCCGAAGUGGUGCGAGAAACCUUAUUCUUCUCAUAUUUGCUCCGGGAUUUGGAGACCACAGACGUUCGGCCCGUACUAUACACAGAUAGCCAGGGGUGCAUACAGGUGAGUAAAGAUCCAGCCAAACAUUGGAAGUUAAAGCACAUCGACACACGGUAUCAUUUCGUUUGCGAUCACGUGCAAGAGGGCGAUGUGGAAAUCAAAUAUGUCGGAAUGGCAAACAACAUUGCAGAUGUCUUGACAAAACCCUUACAGGGUCUUAACACCUCACGAUUGGCUAGGAUGAUAGGACUGGAGAUCCCGCCGAAGGGGGGAGUUGAAGAUGCAUCGGCAUCUCAAGCAAGAUGA